UCCAUUUAUUGUGCAAAACAUGUGAACAAUGCUCAACCAUCUGUUUCUCAAGCGUUAGAGAAUUCUUCUACAAAAGGCAGUGUCCUGAGCUGAGUUGAGCUAGAAUUAUGGAGGAGGAUAAGUGUAAAGAGCCACUCUUGAAGAGGAAAUACUAUGAGAAUUGCUCGGGGUGUAAAGUUGAGCAGCUUAAAGAGACAAAAAGAGGCUUACCAAUUCGAGAACUUGUUUCUAUAUGGAUUGUUGUGCUUUGCACUUCACUGCCAAUAUCAUCUCUCUUUCCCUUCCUCUAUUUCAUGAUUAGAGAUUUUCACAUCGCAAAAAGAGAGGAAGAUAUUGGCUACUAUGCUGGCUAUGUGGGGUCUUCAUUUAUGCUUGGAAGAGCUUUGACAUCUGUUUUCUGGGGAAUUAUGGCUGACCGCUAUGGCCGAAAACCUGUAAUAAUAUUCGGGACCAUCUCAGUGGUUAUUUUCAACACACUCUUUGGACUUAGUGUAAAUUUUUGGAUGGCCAUUACCACAAGGUUUCUUCUUGGAAGUUUAAAUGGUUUACUUGGACCAAUAAAGGCCUAUGCGACUGAAAUUUUUCGUGAUGAACACCAAGCUUUAGGACUGUCAACUGUGAGUACAGCUUGGGGCAUUGGAUUGAUCAUUGGCCCAGCUCUUGGUGGUUUUCUAGCUCAGCCUGCUGAGAAAUACCCAAAUUUAUUUUCCAAAGACUCUUUGUUUGGGAAAUUUCCAUACUUCUUGCCCUGCCUUUGUAUAUCUAUUUUCGCUUUAGUGGUGACAAUUGCUACUUUCUGGCUUCCGGAGACACUUCACAUGCACCAUGAAGACAACGAAUCAUUGGAUGUCUCAUAUGACGCUUUGGAAUCUGCAUCUUCCGAAUCUGAUAGAGAUUUGAAACAAAAUGAAGGAAACAAGAAACCUUCUAAGAAAAGCCUCCUAAAGAACUGGCCCUUAAUGUCUUCUAUUAUAGUUUACUGUGUUUUUUCGCUCCAUGACAUGGCUUACACUGAGAUAUUUUCACUGUGGGCGGUCAGUCCUAGGAUCCAUGGAGGUUUAAGUUAUUCAACCGAAGAUGUUGGCGAAGUUCUUGCAAUCUCAGGUUUCAGCCUUCUUGUGUUUCAGCUCUCUCUAUAUCCAAUGGUGGAGAGGAUUCUUGGGCCUGUAAUGGUAACACGCAUUGGAGGGAUUUUAGCCAUACCUCUUUUAACAAGUUACAGUUACAUAGCAUUGUUAUCAGGAUUCAGCCUCGCCUUGCUGAUAAAUUGUGCUUCGGUGAUGAAGAACGUUUUAUCCGUGUCUAUUGUUACAGGAUUGUUCCUUCUGCAAAACAGAGCAGUGGACCAGGAUCAAAGAGGAGCUGCUAAUGGAAUUGCCAUGACUGCAAUGUCAUUGUUCAAAGCUGCUGGUCCAGCUGGAGGAGGUGCAAUAUUUGCUUGGGCACAAAAGCGUCAAGAUGCUGUCUUCCUCCCAGGUGACCAAAUGGUGUUCUUCAUACUGAAUGUAGUUGAGCUAAUUGGAGUCCUAAUGACAUUCAAACCUUUUCUAGUUUCCUACCAAGGGUAAGAAACUAGAAGAAGUGAUCAAAAUAGAUUCAUUUCUCCCGCAAUCUUUCGAUCGGUUCAAUACUGAAGCAUCAUAUAAAUAACUUGAUUCUUUAGGGGGAUUCUAUGAUUUUGCCAAGAUGAGAAUGCUUACACUAACAGGUUAGAGGCAAUGUUCUUUGUGCCUAUUUCAGGUGAUCAUGAACUUGCUGAGAACUUGUGCUUAUUCUUAUUGCCUUCUUACAAUUGUAUUCAUAUUUGUAUGUAUAGCAAUUCAACCUUUUAAUAAGAGAUCUAUCUGCUUUUGGUAU